AAAGCCCCAAUUUCUACGCUCACCGGAAGACGGAGGUCCUCUUUCCUUGCCUAACGCAGCCAUGGCUCGUGGUCCCAAGAAGCAUCUGAAGCGGGUGGCAGCUCCAAAGCAUUGGAUGCUGGAUAAAUUGACCGGUGUGUUUGCUCCUCGUCCAUCCACCGGUCCUCACAAGUUGAGAGAGUGUCUCCCCCUCAUCAUUUUCCUAAGGAACAGACUUAAGUAUGCCCUGACAGGAGAUGAAGUAAAGAAGAUUUGUAUGCAGCGGUUCAUUAAGAUCGAUGGCAAAGUCCGAACUGAUAUAACCUACCCUGCUGGUUUCAUGGAUGUCAUCAGCAUUGACAAGACGGGAGAGAAUUUCCGUCUGAUCUAUGACACCAAGGGUCGCUUUGCUGUACAUCGUAUUACACCUGAGGAGGCCAAGUACAAAUUGUGCAAAGUACGAAAAAUCUUUGUGGGCACAAAAGGAAUCCCUCACCUGGUGACUCAUGAUGCUCGCACCAUCCGGAAUUGUGGACACAUAGUACUGCAAGUCUCCAAACUCCUGCUAGCAGAAGCCAUCCUUCCCUGUCUUAACAACCUUGAUUAA